AUGGAGAAACUGACAGUUGUCAAUGAAAAUGAAAGACUCUCCAAGGAAGAGAUUGAGAAAAUGAUAGAAGAUGCUGACAAGUAUAAACAGGAGGAUCAAGAAUACAAGAAGAAAGCAGAUGUGUUUAAUGCAUUAGAGGAUUGCAUAUACAACAUGAAGAAAAUGGAGCAUGUUAUUGUUGAUGCUACGACGUGGAUUGAGGACAAUCAAGAUGCAAUAGUUGAUGAGAUUGAACGAAUGAAGGAACAACUUGAAUCUAUGUGCAUGCCAAAGUUUUAG